AUGGCCUUGAAGAACAGCUCAGAGAUGCCAUGUAUCCCGAUAGCUUCUAGAUUGGCACCAUCCAGUGCCAUUACACCCGUGGACUGGACGCCCGGAGAGUGGUCUGGAGAAGAAAGUGAAAAUUCUCAAGACGGGGACGAAAUAGAAGGAGAAGAAUCAUUGAUAACGACAUACAAUGAGGCAAUGGCUAGUUUAUCAGAAAAGACCACGAUCGGAAAAGUCAGCCCAUUGACCUUUCAGUUAGAAACUGGAUGGGAUGAAGCGACGGACGUGGAAAAGGGAAAAUGCAUUGAAAAGGCUAUGGAAGGAUGCAAAGUCGUAUGUGAAAUAAUAGCACCAAACGCUGGGGAUCAACUUUUUAGAUCAUGCGCUCAAUUAUCAGAUCGGACCAACGAAAAUCCUUCUGGUGACUUGCUUGCUCUAAUGCAGGCGUACAAAAAUGCUCCAACAGGGAAUCUUAAGACCCAGAUUCUAAGUCUUUAUGCAUACCGCUACCCUAUGGAAAAGCUACAAAAGCUACACGAGCCCUUCGAAAGCAUAACUAUGUGGCAAAUAAAGAGGGCAAGAGCUCAUGCUCGCGAAUACGUUCCAGGUUUUACCCUUGAAAAGGCUUCAAGUUAUCGUGUUCGACUUGACACAGCCCUUGUGGCUCAUUUUAUAGAAUUUGUAAACAGACCAUAUUUUUAUCAAGACGUUUCGUUUGGAACCCGAAAAUUGAAAUUGGAUAAUGGCGAACAAGUGACCAUGCCCAAUGUAAUUCGCACAGUAACUCGCUCCACCAUGAUACAACAGUACCUGCAGUUCUGCGAAGAAGAAGAGAUAAAGCCACUAAGCCGUGCAACUUUGUUUCGGAUCCUCGAGGUCAGAGAAGCCUCUCAACAAAAGUCAUUAGCUGGUCUCGACAAUACCGCAACUGACGGAUCUGCCAGUUUUGAAAAAAUCAAGCAAAUUGUGGACGACCUUGACCAGAUUGGUCAAGAAGAAGGUUGGUCGGAGGACAUAAAGAAGUCGCUUCAGAAUGGCAAGCAAUAUUUGAAAACGAAAUACCGUAAACAUUGCCAACGAGGAGAGAGCACAUGCCCCGACCAUUGUGUCAAGUUUGCCCUUAGUGACCCUAAUGAUGAGGACCUUCAAGAGAAAUGUGAGCAUGAACAUACAUCUGCCUGUAGCCAUUGCGUUGAACUUUCUGUCUGUCUGGACAAGGUAGAACAAGCGAUCAAAGGUGAACACACCCAGUUCUACAGUAAAGAACAACAAGAAGAUAUGCUAUAUGAUUUUCAGAGGUCUGCUAAGGCUGUCAAUCACUGGAAAUCUCAUAUUAUGAGGUCAGCAAAUCAAAAGCGCGCAAAACAAGAUAUCCUUGAAGAUUUAGACUCUAGCUCAAACUUAAUAAUUAUGGAUUGGGCAAUGAAAUUUGUUCAGAUGAGAUACCGCGAAAAACAGAGUGAUUGGUUUGGGAAAAGGGGCCUGAGCUGGCACAUAAGUAGCGUGAUAUCGCGUGACCGUUCGACCGGAGAACUCCAAGUUACUUCUUACGCUCAUUUAUUUGAUCAAUGCACCCAAGAUUGGUUCGCGGUUGCAUCAAUAAUUGAAGAUCUUCUAACACACGUGAAAAUGAAGCAACCCGGGCUAAAAAGUGUUUUUUUGAGAUCUGAUGAGGCGGGUUGCUAUCACAGCAACUUUCUGAUUGCGGCGGUUCGUGACAUUGGACAAAGGGUUGGCGUUGCAGUGGAAGCCUAUGACUUUUCUGAACCGCAAAGCGGGAAGGAUGUAUGUGACAGGAUUCUCUGUCCUCUAAAAUCGUCCGUCCGAACGUACUGUUCCGAGGGUAAUGAUAUUCUGUCUGCGUCCGACAUGAGAGAUGCUCUUCAGAAACAUCCUGUCAGAGGAACCUCCGCUUCAGUGAAUAUGGUAGACGAAUUGAAAAAGAGCCUUCAAGUGAAGAAGAUUGAUCAUUUUAGCGGUUUCCACAAUUUCACAUUUCAGAGCUCAGGAAUAAGAGCAAGAAGAGCCUAUAAAAUUGGUCGAGGAAAGCUUUUUCCUUAUGACACUUUGUAUUUAAAACACCAAGAGGCGACUGGCCUUAUGACAAAAGACGCUGAUAAAACACUUUUUGAGCCAAUUAAAGAAAGACGUCUCAAGACUAAGACGCCUAAGGAUGUACAAUUGCCCAGUGGUACAAAUGCGGAAAAAGAUACAGCUCUCUUUGAAUGUGUAUUUCCAGGUUGUACGCAGGUGUUUGAGUUCUUUUCAGAUCUAGAACAGCACCUUGACGUAGGGAAGCACACCAGCAAUCAAGAAACGACGAAGAAGAGUGAAAGCUUAUAUGACAAGAUCAGAAAGGACUGGGCAACAAAAUUUACAUCAGUGGAUGUGGCUGUGAAAAAAUCUACACCAUUUAUGUUAGCGUCCGAAUCAUCAACUGACGUAGAAACCCUGCAGAUCGGAUGGGCACUAAGCAAGGCCCACGCAGGUUCCAUUCGGUUUUCUCGUGAGGUUAAAGAAUAUCUCACAGCCAAGUUUGAAAUUGGUGAGCGAACUGGCCGCAAGGCGGACCCUGUUCAGGUUGAAAAGGAUAUGAGAACAGCAACAACCCCCUCUAAUGAAAGACGGUUCAGUCGCACGGAGUGGCUAACUAAAACGCAGAUACAGAGUUUCUUCUCUCGCCUUGCAGCUUCCAAACGGAAAGAAUCAGGAACUGUGGGAUUUUCUAUGGAACAAGAAGAAGAUAUCGAAUGUCUUGUGGAAAGUGCAGAGCAUCAAAAUUUAAUGGCAAAUAUUGUUGAAGCAAUUGGAUUGAAGCACCCUAUUACAUACGACACGUAUGAUCUUUGUGACUUACAUCGACAGAACAGACUUCCUGCUUUUAAUGUCCAAAUGCUUAAGAAGGUACUUUCCUAUCUUGAGGUCCCCUUCAGAUCUAAAGAAAGGAAAGCUGAUCUGUUGGACAAGCUCAGAAAAGUUGUCACGGAAUGUGAAUGCUAG